CGUACGCGAAGCUGCCCACACAACGCUGCAAGACGAUCUGCCCGGACAAGCCUUGUUAGAUGUAGUAUUCGCAAGACUGAACCUGAUUGAGACUGCCUAUUUCGGAAUACGUUACAUAGAUCAGGAUAAUCAGACGCACUGGCUGGAUCCAGCAUCCCGACUAUCCCGGCAGUUGAAGGGCGGCAAGCAACCUUUCGACCUGUACUUCGGGGUGAAAUUUUACGCCUGCGAUCCGUGCAAGCUGGUGGAGGAAAUUACGAGGUACCAACUGUAUCUGCAGGUCAAGCAAGAUAUCCUCCAGGGCCGGUUACCGGUGUCUUUCGAACUAGCUGCCGAGCUGGGCGCCUAUGUAGUGCAAGCUGAAUUGGGUGACUAUGACCCCCGCAAGCAUCCGCCCGGGUACGUGUCCGAGUUCCGGCUACUCAACAACCAAACCAAGGAAAUCGAAAGCCGCAUCCAUGAGUUCCAUGUGCAGCUCAAGGGUAUGGCUCCCUCGCAGGCCGAGUUUAACUACCUCGACAAAGUCAAGUGGCACGACAUGUACGGAGUGGAUUUGCAUCCGGUGCUGGGAGAAGAUAGCGUAGAAUAUUUUCUGGGUCUAACACCUGGAGGAAUCGUUGUGCUACGAAACAAGACAACAGUAGCGCACUACUACUGGCCUCGGAUAGCCAAAGUCUACUUCAAAGGGCGCUAUUUUAUGUUGCGGGUCUGUGAUAAGAAUAACGAAAUCAGUACAUAUGGCUUCGAAACACCAAAAAAGAGUGCCUGCAAGCAUCUGUGGAAAUGCUGUGUAGAGCAUCACUCAUUUUUCCGGCUGGUUCGAACUGCUCCAAUGCAGACCACAUCCGGUGCAGCGAGCUUGACCUCGUUGAGCUCCAAAUUCAGUGGACGAACUGAAAGACAGCAGAUAAAAGAAGUCCUGGCGCAACAACGAGCCCCACCAGCAUUCACCCGAACGCCCUCAAGAAGGCAACCUCGACGGAUCGUGGACGAUCAACCAGAGGAGAAAAUUUUUGAUGCACCAAAAUACAUUCAGCAGGAGAUCAAGACCGUUUCGAUACCUCAACCGGCUCAGACGUAUGACAGCCCUUAUCGUUCUACUUGCAGCAUACCGGCUGUAUUGAAUACUAGUAGUAGCAGCAAAGGGCAUCCUCAGCCCCCAGAUUCUCCUCGGAGUACCCGAAGUGCACCAUGGAUGCGUUCCCAACAGCGGGGACUUUUCGGAAUCAAUUCCAGCCCGAAAUCGGUUCGGUCCGCCUCCACGCGUAUGAGUGCCCCUGUCAACAAUACCAAUCGAAUGCGAUCGAGUUCGGUGGAAAGUCAUUCGUCCAACGAAUCUCGAUCGGGGCGCAGACGCCGUCACCGCAGCCGCCGUGUUUCCGACAACGAAAGCGAGAUGUCCCGCGGGUCCGGUCGCUCCGGGCGAUCGCAUAACUCCCAUCGUAAACAUCGUCGUCAUCGUUCCAAGAAUCGUCGCAAUCGCUCGGAUACGGAAAGUCGCGAUCGCAGCUAUUCCGGUCAUCGACGAUCUACGGAGUCGAUUGAGUUGGUCGACUCCGGAGAACAGUGGCUCGAAGUGCAACGCAAACAAGCAGACAACGUCCACAAGGCAGCCGUCAUUAAGAGUAGCCAGGUUAUCAAGGGUUCCACUCCGGAUUCGGGUAUUUCCCACCAUCAUCGGAGUCGACGGCAUCGGAAGCAUCGUUCCCCGUCGGAGAAGAUUUGGUCCAGCGAACUGACCAAGCACUUGCAGUUUGAUCUCGUCGACACGACCGGUAUGACUGAGGAUCAGCUCAGAGAAAUACCCUACACCGUGGUGGAAACGAACCAUAAUGCUACCAAAAAACCCAAUGCCCUUAAGGUACACAAAACUAGUCAUCACGAUCACCAGCGGAUUGAUCGGAUACGAGAAUACCCGAAGGAGAAUGUGAACGAGCACAUGAGUGCAGUCAACGGAUCGAUCCGGUCCGCCAGUACGAUCAGUUCUUCUCGGGACUACGAUCGUAAUUCGGGGUUGAUCAGAAUGAUGUCCAGCAUGAGUAUGGGUGAUUUUAUCUCUACAUCGGCAUCGAGCUUGAGUCCGCUGGACAGUUAUGGACUUCGUGAUAGUCAUGCACAUACGGAUCAUGGUCUAGGUGCAGAUCAAGAUUACGAAUACUCUUCCGAAAGGUCCAGUGACAGCGCCAAGUACGGUACCAACAAAUCUUCUGGAGCCUCGGUAACCUCAGCGCAUACCAAAUCGUCUUCGUCGAACAACAUGAAGAGCCACCACCAUCCCGUGAGUAAUAGCGGUAGUUGCUGUGCAAACACCGUAACAUCCGCCACGAGAAAGCCUCCGCUCUGCCCGAACCGGCAGCAGAAGGUCGCGAUUCCCGGUGUACAUAGCACUUCGGCAUCAUCCAACAGUCGCCUAAUUAAUAACAGUAACACACACUUUCAAAACAAUCACUACACCUUUAGCCUAACACGAAAUUUCUCUCCGACCUCCGGGGGUGACCCCGGUGGUCACGGCGGUAACCAAGCAGGAGGUCGAACCGCUUUUGGGACUAGCACUAGUACUGGUUAUGGGUUGAACUCGUACGGUUAUAUCGACUCGGCCGCGACCCUGUCAUCGACAUCGCCGUAUCACUACUACUACGACGGAACCGGAUUCCGCUGUACCACCGGGCAGUCACCGGGAUUCGGUGGUAACCAUCCCGUUGCUGGUGGUGGUAUCGGAUUGGACAGCUCUCGGCUGGGUUCCAUUAGGGGAACCAAGUCCGACAUUGGGGUUCCGAUCCGGCCUAAGCACUACCACCGACAGCAACAGUACAUUACGAGUAUUCAUAACUUCAAUCGGCAUGGUAAUGGAGGUAGCAAACGGAUCAUGACUCCGUCCACCAAAACGGACUAUUUGGAAAAUUACAAGACUGGAGUCGAAAGACUUAGACAAAAUGGUAGCUUUGUCAAUAGUAAUAACAACAGCAGAACUAGCAACAACAACAAUAAUAACAACAGCCCAACGGAAAUAUUCAAAGGACUUCUGAAUACGUCCACAAGUGCGCAAAACAUUGCCAAUAAUAAUUACCAGCCACCACUUCCGAUUACCAACAGCCCGAGCAGUGGAAAUCUCAAAAGAUCAUCCGCCGGUAAGGGUCCCUUGGUCUAUAUGGAUAAGAAUCAAAACAGCAGAAGUAGUCCGCUGGGUAAUCCUCCCAAUCAAGCGAACUCCGGUGGUGGUGUUGUUGGUGUCGGUGGCAACGGUCCCGCUACGCCGGCAGUCAGCAACGGUACCGAUCCAACUUGUGGAUCCCCGGCCAGUGUGGUCAGUGACGGCGAUCCCCAGUACCGCAUUGCCAAAAAGUCACUGCAGAACGGUUCGCACGGUGGUAGUAGUGAAGGUGGCCCUCCUCCGGGCUCCAUUAUCGGUGGCACCGGCACCGGGUACGAUAUCGGUAGGAAAAAUUCUCUCAACAGUAAGGUCGACCGCAAAGGAACGACGGCGGGAAUUCGGUCAUCCAGCUUAGAACUGAUACUAACACCUAUCAUUCAGAGUAGACGGGCACAGUAAUUGUUGGCGAAAUGAGUACCGAACUGUAGACAGCGGCCAAACAAUGCCAGUCACCGCAGAGCUGGCAGACCACGUGGCCCCGGGUUCGGUGACGGGUUCGUAUCCGGAAGCGUCACAUCUCCUCCCCACCAGUGGCACGCGGCAAUCGGUGAGGAUAAUGUAACAAGAACUGGAGAAAUCAAUUCCAUGGAGCCGCGUGAUAGCUUAGCGACGAUUCGGUUCCAUUUUAUAUGCACGCUAAUACCAGGAUGGAACAAAUUUGAGGCACUUGUACUUUUUAGGGUUUUAUUGAAGGUUUUUUGUCAUUGUUCAUUAAAAUUGAAGCUCAAUCGAUUAUAAUCAUAAGAAAGUGUGGAAUCUGAAUUAUUUUGCAAACAUAAAUCUACAAAUUAAAUUGAAAUGAAAACUAUUCAAAUCUUGUUGGAAAAGUUAGUUGGUUACCAAUUUGAUUCUCGUAUUUCACUGUGCAAUUAUGGCCUCUAUCUGUCCAAUCAUUCCUCUGUAAACCAUGAACAGCUUUUACUGUUUCUCCUGUGCCUUUCCAUAGAUUACGGUCCCACGUAUUGUGCAAAACGUAAUCGAUUGAGCUGGAAUUAGAAAAUGCUAUUAUAGAACUCAAAUGGAACGGGAACCUCAAGUUUGGACCAUCCUAAAAGAAUACGUGUAACAUAUGUAUGCAACCUCUACUCCUAUUAAACCUAGGGCAUAGGAAACAGUUGAAUUAAAGCGGAAAUAAAUUCAAAGUGUUGUGUUGUACUUUUAAGCCUUUUGACACAAUAACCAAAACCCGUCGUGUACAUCUGCUGCAGUUAUCAACCGAAGAAUAUUAAGAUGAAAGAAGAAAAUGUAGCAAAAAACCAUAAAGUAGAUGUUUGAUGUUGAAUGUUUCUCGCUAAACGCUUCUUUAGGUGUGUUUUUAGGAAUGUUUACUUUUAGGAGAAUUUUAAAUGUGUAUUCCCAAUCCGGUGAACUUCUUUUUCGCUGCACAUGUCUAUACUCCCUCACACACCCCCGGUAUAAAUAAAUCGUUCAUACAACUGCAAUUACGUACCAAAUACUAAAGUUUUAGUAAAAAAAAACUACAUUUUUAUAUAUAUGAAUAAGAAGUAUACAUGUAUUAAUCGUCAGCGUUACUGCCUGAAGUGUAUCGAAACGACUGGUAUAUGCACCUCUCUGUCAUCGUUUUUAAUAUGAACAUGGAAUCUUCUACACCUAUGAUAUGUCUCGGUGUUGAUUCAGAUAAAAAAAAAAUUUUAAAAACGCUACUCUUCUCAAUCUAAUGUGUCGAUCAUUGGAAAAAAGAUCCAAUAUUUUACAAGAAUCUCACACAUCUGAUCGGUGAUCAAAAAAUACAUUUUAAAUCAAAACCAAUACCAGAACACAAAGAUGGCCACACGAAAUCAAAUUCUACUUCCAAACCUCUGAACUGAUGGUACCGAGUGAAAAUUUAUUCAAAUAAAUGAUACACGUUUAUUUACGAA